CGAUGCUAAGAUUUCAUGUAACAUGGAACAAACAGAGGAUCAGUUGCUAAGAAAUGUUGAAACAUCAGAGCAGGAAAUUUGUGGCAAUAUAAGUGCAGAUGAAAACGAUGCUAAGAUUUCAUGUAACAUGGAACAAACAGAGGAUCAGUUGCUAAGAAAUGUUGAACCAUCAGAGCAGGAAAUUUGUGGCAAUAUAAGUGCAGGUGAAUUCACAAACUGCGCUAAUCCUAGCCAUGAUCAGAGUGCAGAUGUUUCUUUAAAUUUUCUUCAAAAUCAAAGAAGCCACGUGGGAAAUGUAUGUUCUGAAUGUGGGAAAUGUUUUCUUAAGAAAUCACAACUUUAUAAACAUCUAAAAAUUCAUAGAGGACAAAAGCCGUUUUCCUGUCCUAUAUGUGGGAAAUGUUUUAACCGUAAAAAAAAUCUUGUUGCUCAUCGGAAAAUUCAUACAGGAGAAAAAGGAUUUUCAUGUUCUGACUGUGGGAAAUGUUUUACUCGGAAAUCAAAUCUUAUUACACAUCAGAAAAUUCAUACAGGGGAGAAAGGAUUUUCAUGUUCUGACUGUGGCAAAUGUUUUACUCUGAAAUCAAAUCUUAUUACACAUCAGAAAAUUCAUACAGGACAGAAAGCAUUUUCAUGUUCUGACUGUGGGAAAUGUUUUACUCUGAAAUCAUCUCUUAUUAAGCAUCAGAAAAUUCAUACAGGAGAAAAAGCUUUUUCAUGUUUUGACUGUGGGAAAUGUUUUACUCAGAAAUCACAUCUUAUUAGGCAUCAGAAAAUUCAUACAGGGGAGAAAGCAUUUUCAUGUUCUGACUGUGGGAAAUGUUUUACUCUGAAAUCAUCUCUUAUUAAGCAUCAGAAAAUUCAUACAGGAGAAAAAGCUUUUUCAUGCUUUGACUGUGGGAAAUGUUUUACUCAGAAAUCACAUCUUAUUAGGCAUCAGAAAAUCCAUACAGGGGAGAAAGCAUUUUCAUGUUCUGACUGUGGGAAAUGUUGUAAUCAAAAAUCAAAUCUUAUUGCACAUCAGAAAAUUCAUACAGGGGAGAAAGGAUUUUCAUGUUCUGACUGUGGAAAACGUUUUACUCUGAAAUCAAAUCUUAUUAGGCAUCAGAAAACUCAUAUUAAAAUAAAUCAAGUUUAACCUAA